UGGGAUGUUUCUACAUCUUGAAAGAAAAAUAAAGAUCUACUUUGGAAUAGAUGGAUUUUUGCCACUUUCUAUGAACUAAAGUGAUUCAAUGUCUCUAUUGGAUUGUUUCUGCACUUCACGAACACGAGUUGAAUCACUCAGACCUGAAAAACGCUCUGAUACCAGUAUCCAUCAAUACUUGGUCGAUGAGCCCACCCUUUCUUUGGUACCUCCAUCUGCUGGAGCCAGUGAAGUCAUAAGUUCCAUUAAUGUUUCCCACUAUGAACUUCAAGUGGAAAUAGGAAGAGGAUUUGACAACUUGACUUCUAUCCAUCUUGCAAGGCAUACUCCUACAGGAACACUGGUGACUGUAAAAAUUACAAAUCUGGAAGAUUGCACAGAAGAACGUCUAAAAGCUCUACAGAAAUCAGUGAUUCUAUCUCACUUCUUCCGGCAUCCCAAUAUUACAACUUACUGGACAGUUUUCACUGUUGGCAGCUGGCUUUGGGUUAUUUCUCCAUUUAUGGCGUAUGGAUCAGCAAGUCACCUCUUGAAGACUUACUUUCCUGAAGGGAUGAGUGAAACUUUAGUAAGAAACAUUCUCUUUGGAGCAGUGAGGGGGUUGAACUAUCUCCAUCAAAAUGGCUAUAUUCACAGGAGUAUUAAAGCCAGCCAUAUCCUCAUUUCUGGUGAUGGCCUAGUGACCCUCUCUGGCCUGUCCCAUCUGCAUAGUUUGGUUAAGCAUGGACAGAGGCAUAGGGCUGUGUAUGAUUUCCCACAGUUCAGCACGUCAGUGCAGCCGUGGCUGAGUCCAGAACUACUGAGACAGGAUUUACAUGGAUAUAAUGUGAAGUCAGAUAUUUAUAGUGUUGGGAUUACAGCGUGUGAAUUAGCCAGUGGGCAGGUACCUUUCCAGGACAUGCACAGAACUCAGAUGCUGUUACAGAAAUUGAAAGGUCCUCCUUAUAGCCCAUUGGAUCUCAAUAUUUUUCCUCAAUCAGAAUCCAGAAUGAAAAAUUCCAGAUCAGGUAUAGACUCUGGGAUUGGAGAAAGCGUGCUGGUGUCCAGUGGCACCCGCACAGUGAACAGUGACAGGCUGCAGACGCCAUCUUCAAAAACUUUCUCUCCUGCCUUCUUUAGCUUGGUGCAACUCUGUUUGCAACAGGAUCCUGAGAAAAGGCCAUCAGCAAGUAGUUUAUUAUCCCAUGUAUUCUUUAAACAGAUGAAAGACCAGAGUCAGGAUUCGAUACUUUCACUGCUGCCUCCUGCUUAUAACAAGCCAUCGGUAGCAGUGCCUCCAGUGUUGCCUUGGACUGAGCCGGGAUGUGUUUUUCCUGAAGAAAGAGACUGGAACUGGGAAUUCUAGGACUGCCAAGUCAUCUUAUGUCCUAUAUACUUGAUACUCUCUCCUUGCUGCUUUUUUCUUCUGUAUUACUAGGUACAAAUACCAGAAUUAUACUUGAAAAUACAGUUGGCGCACUGGAGAACCUACCACUUUAAAGCACUUCUAUCCAGGGAGCCAUGAGCUUCUAGGCCCCUCGGGUAGCUCAGAGUGCUGUCACAACUCUAGGGACACUUCUGAAUUAUUCGUGUCUUCUACUCUUGGAAUUUUUUCCCCCAAGCUGUGACUUACUUCCCUCAAUUUUUCAUUAUAACUCUGAGCCAGUUAAUUUCUUGAGCAUUUUUCUGUCUUCAGGUGAAUGAAACCUCAGAGGAUAGUGCUUCCAAGUACAUGUUUUUCUUCCAAAUUCUCUAGCCUUUUUGAUCAGCUGUUGUUACACCAAUAAGCUAGUUUAUCUUGGUGCCCUCUUUAGUGGAUGGGAAAAUGUUUCUAUUUUCUCAUUUCUUGUAUUAAUACUAUAUAUAUAAUAACAUCAAACUGAGCCUCACAUUAUUCACUUGAAAUA